AUGUCUGAACCUGGUACACCUGAUGGACUGUCGCUCGGGCAAGGCAAAAAAGCCCUCGAUGCCUCGUUUUUUUCGGACAUCCCCAAAUCAUUUGCGAACCAGCCCCACGGGUGGGAGAAAGUGUUGGAAGUAGCACGCGAGUGUCUCGACGAUGCGUGUGAAGCUGGCUCCGAAGGGAAGACCAAUUCAAGGGUUUUGGUUGCGGCUUCUAGGGCACAAGCUUCGGGUAUGGCAGACGGUUUGUGUCGAGCACUGAAACUCGACGGAGAAAGUAAGGAUGUGAUUUCCGAAUCGUCGGCAUCGUUUAUUGCACUCAACAAGGUUUUCGACUCCUUGAGUAAGGGUGAGACUGGUUCUGCCCUAGUUGUUGGUGUGAACUUGUUCGCUGGACAUAAUGGCACAAACCCACUUGAAAAGACUGAUACUUCCAAGAAUAACAACCAAAUUAAUGGCUCUUCAAGAGGAGAGGCCAUAUCUGCAGUAUAUAUCAAGUCUCUGCGAGAGGCUCUCAUUGAUGGAAACCCCAUCCGGGGAGUCAUCCGCGCUAUACAUAAGGACGAUGUCGAUACAGAUGGUGUGCCUGGAGUUUCCCUGGAGGAAACAACAGAAGAACUAAUACGAAAGACGUAUGAGAAAGCUGGCUUGGAUCCCUCCAGGACGGCUUACUUUGAGACUCAUGGCACUGGGUUCCUUAAGAAGGGUAACCCAGAAGCAGAUUCUAUCUGUCGUGUUUUCGGAGAAAAUAAUAUUAACGUGGGUUCCGCGAAAUCCAAGUUGGGUAAUAGCGAGGGUGCUGCAGGCAUCACCAGCGUUAUCAAAGCCUUACUCUCACUUGAGCGAAGAAUCAUCCCACAAAGUAUUCGCCCUGAUUUUGCAGGACAAAUUAAACCAGCAGACCCUGAACUGUUGCUGUUCUCUGCGGAGACUCCGUCGUCAUUGACUAGGCAGAUCCGGUCUCAACACGACUAUUGCAAAGCCAGUGGGGUUCGAGGGGCUGACAUUGCUUACACGAGAGCUAUGCGUCGUGAAGCCUUACGGCACAGAGCUUUCUCGAUUCUGCAUGAGGGAGAGUUUCUCAGCACCUCGAGCAGUAUCGAGAGUCGAGCUAAAUCACGCAGCUUAGUAUUGGUUUUCAGUGGACAGGGAGCACAAUGGGCAGGGAUGGGUAAGGAACUGAUACAAACUAACUCUGAAUUUAGGGCAGAUAUAGAAGCGAUGGACGAGAUUCUUAGUAAUCUGAAAAAGCCCCCAACAUGGAAGAUUUUGGAGGAGAUACAAAAAAGUGCAGAGGAUCCUGGAAAUCAAAUUGGGCAUCCCGAGUUGUCGCCUCCUAUAUGUACCGCCUUCCAAAUUGCAUUAUUUCGAUGGCUACAACGUCUGGGUGUGCAUGCAGAAGCCGCGAUUGGCCAUUCAGGCGGCGAAGUAGCUGCGGCAUACGCAGCUGGCUAUCUGAGCAUGGAACAUGCCAUGACUGUUGCCUACUAUUAUGGAGACGUAGCCACAGGCAAUGGCUCCGAUGGAGACAUGGCGGCUGUGAGCUUGGGCUCUAGCGAGAUACACGGCUUCCUGAGAGAUGGCGUCGUGAUCGGUUGCGAAAAUAGCCCAUCGAGCACGACUCUGUCUGGAGACCGAAAGGUCUUGGACGAGAUUCUGUCGUCGAUUAAAAAGGAAAGACCUGAUGUUUCUGCACGUAGGCUGAACGUCAAUAUGGCCUAUCACUCUCACCAAAUGAGCCCGGUAACCGAAAGGUUUCUCGAGAAUUUGUUGAUAGAGGGCGUUUGUUUCUCAAGGCCUCAAGAUGGACGUGGAUUGGUUUUCAUCUCCAGUAUACAGGGCCAAGUGGUUGAUCACCCAGAGUUCCUCGGCCCUGAUUAUUGGGCCACCAAUCUCAACAGUCGGGUCCGCUUUAGCACGGCUAUCAAGAAGUAUCUGAAGAACAGAGGAGAGUGUUUGUUCCUCGAGGUUGGACCGCAUUCCACGCUUGGUGUGCCACUGCGACAAAUUUGCGAGUCUGAGGACAUGCCAUAUAACUAUGUGCCGUCUCAGAAGCGGAAAACGAACAGCCAGAUCACAUUUCUUUCAGCAGUUGGAAGACUCUGGCAAGAGUCUGCAGUCGAAAACUUGGCACCACUUUUCAGCCACGGAAAGGCAAUUUCGGGACUUCCAUCUUACCCAUGGGACUACGGUCACACCAGCAACGACGCAGAUGACAGCUCACGAAUGAGGCGUGCUUUCUCCAACCUGAAUGAAAUGGCACCAAAGGAGAGAAGGGAAAGAUUAAUAUCGAUCUUCAAAGAGGGGACUUUGGAUGAAUUGGCCGACGAUGAGGUUCCAACAACGGAAGCUGAGAUGGUCCUCCGGGUUCUAUGGCGACGUGUGCUUCAAGGCAUCAUGAAUACGAGAGCGUCAGCGAUUGGCAAAAAGCACAACUUCUUGCUGCUGGGAGGCGAUUCUCUCGUUACCAUAGAACUGGUUACAUUGGCUAGUCGUUUCGGCAUUCAUCUGGUGCCAGCUGAUGUUGUUCGACACCCGCGGCUUUCUCAAAUGGCGGCAGUUGCUUCCAUCGACGACGAACAUGUUGAAGUUGACGUGAUACCUUUUAGCAUGCUAGGUUCACAGAAUCCGAAAGAGACAAAGGAGAAAGUAAGAACCGAGUGCGGUUUACUUGAGGAUCAAGAAAUCCAGGACGUAUACCCUUGUACGACUCUACAAGAAGGCUUCAUGGCGCUGGGCGUCAAACAGCCAGGCUCUUAUAUCCAUCGCUGGGUUUAUAAGCUACCGAAUAGCCUUGAUCUUGCGCGCUUCAAAAAAGCAUGGGAAAAGGUUAUGCAGAACUGUGACAGCCUGCGUUCCAGAAUUGUUCUAGUUGAGAACAGAGUUUUGCAGGUCGUCAUUAAAAACGACAUCGCUUGGGAACAUCCUGCUACUGGCGUCAGUCUAUCAACUCACGUGAGAAAAAUCAGCAACACAGUCAAGAUGAGCUACGGAGACCGUCUCAACCGCUUCGGAAUCGUGCAGCAAGACGAUGGCGAGCUCUAUUUCCUCUGGACUAUUCACCAUGCUGCCUUUGAUGGUCUGACGAUGAGAAUUGUUCUCGAUGGUUUAUACCAGGCCUACCAUGGCUAUGACUUGGAACCCGUGCAACCCUACGCCAACUUUAUCCACUACAUCCAGUCCAUUGAUACUGAAGACGCGAGUAAUUAUUGGCGGAAUGAGCUGGAGGGCGCAAGCAAGGCCCAGUUUCCCACUUCAAAUCUGCUUGCCAAGCCGGCAAACUCUGCGUUGGUGAUGAAAUCGACAAUGCCCUUCCAAAAUCUGACGAAACCUUCCUCCACCGCCGGUACUAUACUCCGAGCCGCGUGGUCGAUUGUUCUUGCAAAGUAUUGCGGUACAAAGGAUGUGUGUUUCGGAACGACUGUAUCUGGAAGGCAGGCGCCAAUCUCAGGACUGAGUGAAAUUCCAGGGCCUAUGAUUGCCACCGUUCCUGUUCGUAUUCAGAUUGACAACACGAAGCUUGUCUCGACUUUCCUCCGCGAGGUACAGUCUCAGUCGGCUGAAAUGGCACGAUAUGAGCAGUUCGGCCUGCAGAAUAUCUCCAAGCUGAGCCAAGAUGCGCAGGACGCUUGCGACUUUGCCCACUUGAUGGUUAUUCAGCCUAUGCACCACCUGGACAGCGUUGCUGUUACGGCUGAGGAUAACGUUCUGAUAAGUGGAAGAGAGGAGAGGGCCUUGUCCGAAGAGGCGAUGAAGACGUAUUUCAAUUACCCUCUCGUAGUGCAACUGCGUGUUGGUGACGGCCAGGUUGAGAUCGACUUUACCUACUAUCCAGAUGUUAUUGGCGAGGUGCAACUGGAAGCACUCUCCCACCACUUCAAGCGGGCAGUUGAUGAGAUUCUCCUUCCGGAAGACAAAACCCUCGGCGAAAUCUCGAUCUCAGGGCCUUGGGAUGUCCAGUUCGCCCACCUAUCGAACAGUCGCGAGGAGCCUGAGAUAAUCGAGAGUUGCGCUCAUGAGCUUGUCGAGGCACACGUAAAGACCAGACCCGAUCAAUUGGCAAUUGAUGCCUGGGAUAUGAAAUUAACAUACAAAGAACUGAACAAGAAGGCAAAUAGACUCGCACACUAUUUGGUAAAGACCUACGAGGUUCAGUCGGAUGAGUUCAUUCCUGUUUGCUUUGAGAAGUCUGCGUGGUUCUUCGUCUCUAUCUUAGCGAUCAACAAGGCUGGAUGUGCUUGGGUCCCUCUUGACCCAUCGCACCCCUUCGAGCGUCACCGGCAGGUCGUUUCCCAAACAGAAGCGAGAUUUGUGCUUGCGUCUGCGCAGACGGCCGAUAUGUGUUCUGCGGUGAUCGAACAAGUGGUAGAAGUUGGACAAGCUCUUGAUAAAAAGCUCCAGAAACGGCAGCCGAAAGUGAAUGGGGUUUGCAAGGUAUCCCCGGAUAACGCUGCCUACGUACUCUUCACAUCGGGCAGCACGGGAACGCCCAAGGGGAUUGUGAUUGAACAUCGGGGGCUUUGUACGAGCUUAACGGCAAUUGUGAAACGACUAGGGAUGCAGCCAGAUGCAAGGGCACUUCAGUUUGCGUCUUAUGUAUUCGACUUCUCCGUUUGCGAAAUUAUGAUGUCUUGGGUUGCGGGUGCUUGCAUCUGCGUGCCUCCAGAUGCUGUGCGCAUGAACGGUCUCGAUGUUUUUAUCAAUGAGAUGAAGAUUGACUGGCUUUUCCUUACACCCUCUUCUGUUCGUAUAUUGACCCCGGACAGAGUCCCUGGUGUCGGAAAGCUGUUUCUUGCUGGAGAGGCUGUGACUCGUGAUGUUCUUGAUAAUUGGGCUGGGAAAGUCCGUCUUUUCAAUGGAUGGGGGCCAGCUGAAACCUGCGUGGUGGAUACAUUACAUGAGUAUUCAUCUGCACAUGAAUCACCUAUGAAGAUCGGAUAUCCAGUGGGAGGCAACUGUUGGAUUGUUGAUCCUGAUGAUUCCAGCAAACUAGCACCUACUGGAACUGUAGGAGAAGUUCUUCUCCAGACCCCUUCAGUACUACGUGAGUAUCUUCGGGACAGAGAGAAGACAGGCGAGUCAAUACUGGAAACCCCUCCACCGUGGGCUCUCAAGCAAGACACGAAAUACUUCAACCGCUGCUUUAAGUCCGGGGACUUGUGUCGGUAUAACCCCGACGGAACUUUAGAAUUCGUUUCACGGAAGGGCUCCCAGGUCAAAAUUCGCGGGUUCCGUAUCGAACUUGGGGAAGUACAGCAUCAUAUCUUGGCCGUCUUACCUGGAGUACGUCAAGUAGCCGUGGAUGUAUACAAGGGCGAUACUGGCUCUCAGUUGAUUGCAUAUGUUUGCUUCAAUGACAAGAGGCUACAGUCGGCUGAGAAAUCGCCAUUUCUUCCUCUUAGCGAGGAGCUCCAGUUGCUUCUCUCAGCCGCAGUGGGAGAGUUGAGCGUCAGAGUACCUCAGUACAUGAUCCCUACUCGCUUCAUCCCCUGCUUUUAUAUGCCCAUCUUGACAUCGGAUAAGAUAGACAUGAGGAAACUUGGUAGACUCACAUCCCUUCUUGACCCGGUUGAGAUAAGCAGUUAUGGUCUCCAGAGCAGCAAGAAGCGCGAGCCAGAGACCUUAAUGGAAAAGAAGAUUCAGACCAUGUGGGCAGACAUUUUGAAACUGCCUCUGGAUAUGAUUGGCCUCGACGAUAGUUUCAUUGGCCUGGGAGGUGACUCUAUCCUUGCCAUCCACCUUGUGAGGGUGGCAAAUCAUGCAGGCAUUGGACUCACUGUAAAUGCUAUCUUCAAAGAUCCGCGUCUGUCAGUAGUGGCGGCCUCUGCCACAGUAUUACAUGGCGAAAGCAGUGUCUCCAUCGAAGUUGAGCCCUUCAGCCUAUUGAAAGAAUCGUUGCGUACCAAGGAUGGGCAGGAAACGUUGAGACAUAGCGUUAGCCUUUUACCUCACCAAGAACUAGAGGAUGCGUUUCCUUGUACGCAGUUUCAAGAAGGUGCAAUGGCACUAUCGGAGAAACAGCCUGGUUCAUACAUUGCAAAGUUUAUCUAUAAGUUGAAAGAUGGCAUUUGUAUGAAAAGGUUUACAAAUGCCUGGAAGCAAACUGUCCAGCUUUGUGCCAACCUCCGAACCCGAAUCGUAUUCAUCGAUGGACUCUGCUUGCAGGUAGUUGUCCGAAAUGAUAAGCAGCCCGAUUUUGCGGAGUUUGGGAGCGUGAAAGAGGCGGUCUAUGAGGCUCAGUCUGUAAAGAUGACAUAUGGAUCGCCGCUCAGCCACUUUUCUUUGGUGAACGGUGGCCAAGGUAAUAGCACGCAUUUCAUCUGGACAAUGCAUCAUGCGGUUUUCGAUGGAUGGAGCGCGAAGAUAAUAAUGGACACUCUCCAACGGGCAUACUACAAGCAAGAAAUUCGAGAACCACAGCCUUUCCCGCGCUUUGUCAAGCAUAUAUUAGACUUGGAUGAACAAAAGUCAAACGACUAUUGGAGUACGCAGCUUCAAGGAGCCACUAAAGCAUCAUUCCCCCCGGAUCCGGACUCAGGGGGUCGAGACCAAUCCUCGCCAACCAAGAUUUGGCACCAAAGAAUCGAGCUCAAAGAGUCUAAAAGUGGUCAAUCCGUCACCAAACCGAUCAUUCUCCGUGCCGCUUGGUCAAUAAUCCUCUCGUCUUACUGUGACACUGAGGAUAUUUGCUUUGGCACUAGCAUGGCUGGUCGUCAAGCAGAAGUUCCAGGCUUAUUGGACAUGGCGGGCCCAGCGUUAGCAACAAUGCCGAUCCGGGUCGUACUAGAUGGAAACCAAAAGGUGUCUGAUUUCUUGCGUCAGCUACAAAAGCAGGCUACCGAUAUGAUUCCUUUCGAGCAAUUUGGCCUGCGGAAUAUCUCCAAACUUGAGCGAGUUGAAAAGGACAUAUGUGACUUCACUAGCUUGCUGGUGAUCCAACCUAGACAGCACCUUGACUGGUCUGGCAACAAUGAGGGUCACGAUUCAGAUGCUGUGUUAAUCCCUACAAGUGCUCAUGGAGGUACAGACGUGGACUUGAUGCAGGGUUAUUUCGCCUACCCUCUUGUAAUCCAGUGUCACGUAUAUGACGAAUUUGUUCAAAUGGACAUGACGUACAACUCAGGAGUGCUGUCUGAGUUCCAAAUUCAGGCUCUCUGUCACAACUUUGAACAUGUUACAAAGCAAUUGGUCACAUCAGAUAAAAUCCCCCUUUCGGAGGUAUCAGUAGCUGGCACCUGGGACGCCCAGCAAGCGGUGAAUUUCAAUCCCGACAGAUCGGAGGCGGUUCUUGCAUGUGUUCACGAUUUGAUUGAACAGCAGGCCAUGAAAACACCAGACAAGCCCGCCGUUUCUGCCUGGGAUUCAGAAUUGAGUUAUUCUCAACUCAAUAGCGCUGCGAACCGGCUUUCACAUGUGCUCGUCACUGAAUAUGGUGUGAAAACGCAUGAUCUUGUUCAUACCUGCUUUGAGAAAUCCGUAUGGAUGGUUGUUUCUAUGCUAGCUAUUAACAAGGCUGGUGCCGCAUGGGUGCCUCUAGACCCCUCACACCCUUUGCAGCGCCAUGAGCAGGUUAUUGAAAAAACAAAGGCCAAGCUCGUACUCGCUUCACCAUCUAAUACUGAGAUGUGUCGAAAGCUGCUCUCGUCUGUACUAGAGGUGACGGCCACACUUGACGAACAACUUGCCCAAAGUAGGCCGGGAACUAGUCAGAGAAAGCCAACAUCGGCUGUUACUCCCAGAGAUCCAUGCUACGUCCUGUUCACCUCUGGUAGCACUGGCACUCCCAAAGGUGUUGUUAUUGAACACAAAGCAGUGGCUAGUAGUCAAGCGGCAAUGACUGGAGCGUUGGGUAUGAAGUCGGACGUGCGAAUGUUGCAAUUUGCAUCUUUCGGGUUUGACCUGUGCAUUGGCGAGAUUUACUGGCCGCUCAUACUGGGUGGCUGUGUAUGUAUUCCAUCAGAGCACAUGCGAAUGAAUGCGCUCAAGGAAUUUGUCCAUGAUAGGCAAGUAAACGCAGCCAUUAUCACACCUACACUUCUAGAUUCUUUGAAACCAGAAGAUUACCCAAGCCUCAAAAUGAUUGUAGCAGCUGGUGAAGCUCUUGGGCAUGACGUGUUGCAGUCGUGGUUCGGAAAUACCCGACUUAUCAACGCUUGGGGACCUGCAGAGGCUUGCGUCAUCAAUACUAUUCAUGAGUAUAAAUCGAGCAGAGAGCACCCGUUAACUAUCGGGAAGCCGGUGGGAUCUCACUGUUGGAUUGUUAACCCAAAGAAUCUAUCACAACUUGCGCCGAUUGGUGUUAUAGGCGAGGUUGUUAUACAAGGACCUACGUUGUUGAGAGAGUACCUAGGAGAUCAAGAAAAGUCACAGGAGGUCUUGGUUGAAGAAGUACCUCCAUGGGCGAUACGAAGAGAACAGCCGGACUGGAACAGAUUCUAUAGGUCGGGCGACUUGGGAUACUAUGACCAGGACGGCAAUAUUGUGUUCUCUAGCCGUCGUGAUGCGCAGGUAAAAAUUCGUGGCCUUCGAAUCGAGUUGGGCGAGGUUGAGCACCGAAUUCUCAAUGCCUUAGACGGAGCAUCUCAGGUUACUGUCAAUGUACUCAAGAUCGGGGCAACCAUGAGGUUGAUCUCGCAUUUCUGUUUCACCGAGGAGGAGAAGCAAGCAAGUACCGAUGCCAAGGAUGCAAGCGAGAUGUUUCUUCCCAUGACCGAGGCGAUCAAAAACAAGGUCUCCGGGAUGUUGGGUGAGCUGAACGUGACGAUGCCACAGUACAUGAUCCCUGUGCUUUUUAUUCCAUGUCAAUAUAUGCCAGUCAACAGCUCUGCCAAGCUGGAUCGGAAAGCAUUAAUACGUCUCACCGAGACGUUAGACCCUGAUCAGCUCGCGAGUUAUUCAUUGAGCGAAAGUAUCAAACGACCACCAGAGACAUCCAUGGAGAAGCGAUUGCAAAAGUUGUGGGCAAAAAGCCUUAAGAUACCUGCAGAGUCUAUUGGACGAGAUGACAGCUUUCUCAGGAUCGGUGGUGAUUCUGUUACUGCUAUUCAUUUUGUUGCCAACGCGCGCCAGGAGGGAAUCAAUAUCGUUUUCAAAGAUGUGUUUGAUGACCCGAGGCUAUGUAAAGUGGCUGAAAAGGCAUCAGAGAGUGUAGGCGCUGGAGCUGAUGCUGAGACUUCGGUUGAACCAUUUAGCUUGAUCGACGAGCAGACUCGCGGGAGGCUGACGGCGGAUGAUUUCCACAUGCGGUGCAAUCUACCCCUUGAUUUGAUCAUUGAAGACGCCUACCCAUGCACAAAACUCCAAGAAGGAUUGAUGGCUCUCACAAUGAAGGUGCCCGGAUCGUAUGUCGCCAAACACGUGUAUAGAAUACCGAGCCGUGUUGACACGCUGCAAUUCAGAAAAGCGUGGAACCGCACGGUGGAGAUAUGCACCAACCUUCGAACUAGGAUCGUGUUCGUUGAUGGGAAAUCAUUCCAAGUUAUUCCCAAAGAAUCUCCUUCGUGGGAGGAGGUUGAGGGUUAUAAUCUCCAAUCCUAUCUCAAGACACUAAAGCACUUGGAUAUGGGGUACGGCUCAAGGCUCAGCCGAUAUGCCUUGAUUGAAGAAAGUAACGGCCAACGAUAUUUUAUAUCUAUCAAUCACCACUCCACAUUUGAUGGAUGGAGUUGGGGUUUGGUUAUUGACACUCUGAGUACUGCUUAUCACAAUGCUCGUAUACCUGAACGGCAACCAUAUUCGGCUUUCGUAUCGUAUGCGUUGAAGGUUGACAAGAUCCAGGCUGAGAAUUAUUGGACCUCACAACUCGAGGGCGCAAGCAGAGCUCAAUUCCCUGUCGAACAAAAAGUGAAGAGCUCAAGUCGGGACACAGGGUCCUUUGACUGCAGCAUCCAAAUGGGCAUCGAAACAAAAUCUUCUAUUACGAAGGCUACAAUCUUGCGAGCAGCAUGGGCCAUUCUUCUCGCCCGAUAUAGUGAUACCGAUGAUAUAUGCUUCGGUGUUACUGUCUCUGGCCGAAAUGCCUCUGUACCUGGAUUGGAAUCCAUGGUUGGUCCUGUCUUGGCUACUGUUCCAGUCCGGAUCAUUCUGGAUAAGAGACAGAAGGUGUCAAGCUUUUUGCGCAAAAUCCAGGAUCAAGCAUCCGAGAUGGUAGCCUUUGAACACUUGUUUGUUGUCCAAUCUCAACAGCCUGGCGAUGGUUUGACUGAUGCAGUCGUAGAAGUGUUUGAUGAAGGAAAAGAACUUACAAUGGACAUGUUGCAGGAUUAUUUCAACUACCCUCUGGUGACUCAAUGUUCACUAGCAGGGGAUCAUGCUGAUCUCACAUUCGUAUACGAUCGGAACUCAUUGACUGAGUCACAGCUUGGUACGAUGUCUCGCCACUUUGGCCAUAUUGUUGACCAGCUCCAGCAAGCAAACGGCAACACUCUUCAAUCGGUAUCUGUGUCAGGAUCUUGGGAUUUGGAAUACGCUGUGGCACUGAACAAAGACAAAGUUCAGUUCCAUGCCGAUUGUAUUCAUCAUAUGAUAACCGAUAAAGCCAUGGUGCAGCCUGAUCACGAAGCUAUCUACACAACUGAAGAGUCAAUGUCAUACGCUAUGCUGGAAAACCUGACAUCAUCCUUAGCAAUAUACCUUCAGAGCCUAGGUAUUAGAAGAGGAAGCGUUGUUGCGUUGUGCACUCAACGAUCUAUUCUGGGGAUAGUGGCCAUGUUGGCUAUAUUCAAAGCAGGCGGUGCCUUUCUACCUUUAGACCCAGCCCACCCUGAAAGCCGCCGAGAGGCGUUGGUCAAGGAAGUAAAUGCUUCGAUUGUUAUAGUAUCUCCGGAAACCUUCAAUGCUUGUCAAAAAAUAGGUUCCACUGCUACGAUCUUGAACCUUUCGAAGUCCUUCGUCUCGAAACUCUCAGAACAGAAACAACAAAAUCAGGAAAAGUCAAUGCCACCUUCUCCAAGUGACUUGGCAUAUAUCUUGUUUACCUCGGGCUCUACCGGCAAACCAAAGGGGAUUAUGAUCAGUCAUUCGGCUCUUUGUACAUCCAUGCAUGGACUGGCCGGGUUCAUAGAUCCCCACCCAAACACUAGAUGGUUACAAUUCUCAACUUACACUUUUGAUGCAUGCAUUAUGGAGAUCUUUUUGACACUUGCAUACGGCGGAACAGUCUGUGUACCCAGCGAUGAUGAGCGUCUACAGGGUGCUCCCAAGUUUAUGACAGAGGCACGUGUGACAGGAGCAGUUCUUACACCCUCUUUUGUAAGGACUCUCACACCUGAACAAGUACCACUGCUCGAAGUCCUGGUUUUAGCCGGGGAGGCUCCUGCACAAAAUGUUCUUGAUCUUUGGUUCGGAAAAUUGAGACUGCUCAAUGCAUAUGGGCCUACAGAAAUCUGCGUCAUCUGCUGCAUGUACUCCUACAAAUCAGUCUUGGACUCUCCUCUUAUAAUUGGCGGUUCCACGAAUAGCGCUUGCUGGAUUGUUGAGCCGGAUAACCACAACCAGCUCACACCUAUUGGAUGUGUUGGUGAGCUGAUUAUUCAAGGAAACACCCUAGCACAAGGUUAUUUAAAUGACCCGGCUAAGACGGAAAUGUGCUUUGUCCAAGAUCUCGGUUUCUCGGAAUACUGUAAUGUCUCAACACGCAACAGAUUCUACACGACAGGCGAUCUUGUUCGAUAUACUGCUGAAGGCGAGAUCGAAUACUGUGGCAGAAAGGACAACCAGAUUAAGCUUCGAGGUCAGAGAAUCGAACUUGGAGAGAUUGAGCAUAACGUCAAAACUCUCUUACAUGAGGCUGAGAAUGUUGCUGUCGAUGUUGUUCGCCAACCGUCUGGUGGGGAAGCGUUGAUUGCAUUUGUCAAUUUUGCCGGGACAUUGGAGAACGGAAAGCCCACAGAGUAUAUCGAAGAAUCAUCGGAAUUUCUAUUGUUUCCAGAUGAGAAAAUGGCUCAGCGCCUGAAGGAAGUAGUCCAAAAGUUGAGGAACGUGUUGCCUGGCUACAUGAUACCAAGCAUGAUUGUGCCACUCAAGAAGAUGCUUUUUAUCUCUUCGAUGAAGAUCGAUAGAAGAGGACUAAGAUCGAUUGGCGAGAACCUCUUGCCAAAGGAGAGGGAUGCAUUUUCACACGAGAAUCAAGAUGUGACGGAGCCUUCGACGAGUAUGGAGCUUAAGUUAAGAGAACUCUGGGCUCAGGUUCUGAAGCUGCCUUCUGAUCAUAUAGGGAAGUAUGACGAUUUUCUCCGAGUUGGAGGCGACUCAAUUACCAUUAUUCAUUUGGUAUCCUUGGCUCGUGAAAACGGAAUUACAAUCGACAUGAACACCGCUUUUGGAAACUCACGCCUUGACGCAAUGGCCGCCUCAGCAAGCACCUCAUCGAUGGAUGAUGGAAACUCACUUUUCAUGCCCGAGCCAUUUAGUUUGUUAGCUUUAGAUGAAAAGUCUGAAGCGAUACAUCAAGCAAGUCUGCAGUGCAGUAUUUUGACCGAGCAGGAUAUAGAGGAUAUUUACCCCUGUACCACCCUCCAGGAAGGCCUCAUUACUUUGGCAGCAACGCAUCCUGGUUCAUAUAUCGCGAGACAUGUUUUCUAUCUCCCUGACAGUGUGGAUUUAACUCGCUUCAAAUCGGCGUGGGAUAGGACAGUCUCUGAAUGUCAGAUCCUCAGAACACGUAUAAUACUGUUGGGUAAAAGGGCUGUUCAAGUUGUCUUUCGCAACGAGACGUCUUGGGACACGCCUGAUGAGGAUGGCAUCAAAUCUCUCCAACAUAAUAUGCAGAAUAUGCAAAUGGGUUAUGGGGAUAGACUUUGCCGAUACAGCCUUAUCGAGGAUGCCGGAAAGCAGGCAUUUGUCUGGACCAUACACCAUGCAGUCUUCGACGGAUGGUCAAUGCGUAUCAUUCUCUCACUGCUGAACCAGUAUUACCAUGGGCUUGGCACACCGGAGCAGCCACCAUAUGGAGGAUUCAUCAAGUACACUCAGGAUCUCGACCUAGAUGCCUCGUCUCAAUACUGGAGAACACAGCUGGAGGGAGCUCAGAGGGCUACAUUCCCCCAGAACCCUCUCAACAAAGUUGAAAAGGCCAUCAAGAUAUUCAAAAGGUCGAUCAACUUUGCUUCGACUGAUAUGUCUACAACUAGAGCGUCUGUGCUUCGCGCUGCGUGGGCGUACGUGCUAGCCAGAUACUGUAAUACAGACGAUGUUUGCUUCGGGACAACAGUUUCAGGACGUCAGGCACCAGUUCCUGGCGUUGUCAGCAUUGCCGGUCCUACUCUCGCUACAGUGCCCGUCAGAGUUAGAAUCGAUCAAAAUUUUACCAUCUCGGAGUUUCUCGAGAGCACACAGACUCAAAUCUUGGAGAUGGUUCCAUUUGAGCAAUAUGGCCUGCAAAAUAUCUCCAAGACUAGUCCGGACGCAAAGGAAGCCUGUGACUUUGGUAGCCUGUUCGUUGUGCAGCCUAUGCAGCACUUGACUACUACUGAUGGCCCUCAGCCUGUCAUUGCGCUCAAUUCGAGCAACUCUAAUGACGAGGAAAUGAUGGAGAGUUUUUUCAACUACCCUCUCGUCGUUCAAGUACAUCUUUACCAAGAAUCGAUUGAUCUCGUGAUGUGCUACAACCCUCAUGUAUUGGCAGAACAUCGACUUGAGGCCAUGUGCCACCAUUUUGGACAUGUCCUGCAGCAGUUUUCGUCAAUGCCAGAUGCUAAACUUGAAUCCGUGUCUAUUUCUGGUGAAUGGGACUUGAAACAAGCGUACGAAGCCAAUUCACACUACGAGCCAGAGGUCGUCGACAGCUGCCCACACAUUCUCAUCGGUAACCACGCACGACAAGACCCAACUGCGAUGGCUAUCUGCGCCUGGGAUGGAACAUUCACAUACCGGGAGCUGGAACAAGAGACCGACAGACUAGCUAAUUACCUGUUCAAAGAGUUGUCGAUAACACGUGGCGACUUGGUCGCGUUGUGUUUCGAAAAGUCGGCAUGGUACACUAUUGCAGCCAUCGCGGUCAACAAGACAGGGGCUGCAUGGGUGGCUCUGGACCCGGCACACCCUCCACAACGUCUGCAACAGAUUGCUCAGCAAGCUAAAUUCAAGCUCGUAAUUUCUGCUCCAGCUACUGCCGGGGUAUCGGCUUGUGUUUCACAGAAAUCUCUCCAAAUCGACCGCGCGUUUUCUCAGCGUUUGCAGAGAGGAAAGUCUGGCCAAAAUAGGCCUGCUCUGGCAGUCUCGCCGCGUGAUCUCAUGUAUGUCCUCUUCACAUCUGGAAGUACGGGUACGCCAAAAGGAGUGGCAAUCCAGCAUGGUGCGGUCUGCUGUAGCAUGAGAGCUCUCGGUGACCGGAUCGGACUUUCGAAUACGACGAAGUACCUCCAAUUCAGUUCGCAUGUAUUUGACCAAUCUAUUAUGGAGAUUUUCGGUGUUCUUAUACACGGCGGGUGCGUGUAUGUGCCCUCGGAACACGACCGAAUGAAUAACCUUGCGACCUACAUUCAUGAGUCUUCUAUUAACUCGAUGAUUCUUCCCCCUUCACUGGCACGCACGAUCAAGCCCGAUGAGGUUCCGUCGAUCAGUACGAUCCUUAUUGGCGGCGAGGCUGGCGGUCGAGAGGUAUUUCAGCAAUGGUACGGGAGUGCUCGGGUUUUCAACGCGUGGGGUCCUACAGAGGCCUGUGUCGCUGCAGCAGCACAUGAAUGGAAAUCUAUCGAGGACUCCAAUCUAACACUUGGCCGCCCAAUCGGUGGAUAUUGCUGGAUCGUGGAGUCAAAUAAUCCAAAGAAGCUUGCUCCAGUGGGGUGCUUAGGCGAAAUCGCCAUUCAAAGUCCCACACUUCUGAAGGAAUAUCUCUUAGAUGAAGAGAAAACGAGGGAGGCCGUGGUGACUGAUAUGCCUGAUUGGGCACCAAAUCGCGAGUCUCCAUAUUGGAAUAGGAUGUACCGAACCGGAGACUUGGGCUUCCUGAAUUCUGAUGGUACCGUGGAAUACGCGGGUCGGAAGGAUGCUCAAACAAAGAUUCGUGGUCUGCGGAUAGAACUGGGAGAUAUCGAAUACCACGUUCAGGCCGCUCUGGAUGGCAGCUACCAUGUUGCUGUAGACUCUCUGUUGAGAGAUGGGGUAACUAGCUUGGUAUGCUAUUUCUGCCCUCGAAGUCAGAAACAAGUUCCAAGUGGUAGAAAGGAUCCUCAUACGGAGGCGCUCUUUUCCAACUUGACCCAGGAGUUGCGAAUGAUAUUGGCAUCUCUCGUCGAAAAGCUAAGUGACACGCUGCCCCCUUACAUGAUACCAACCAUAUUUAUACCAUGCAAUCAUAUGCCGCUCCUUGUAUCUGGAAAGUUAAACAAGAAGAUCCUAAAGGAGACUACGAAAACGCUGAACCGGGAACAAUUGAACAGUUACUCGCUUCUCGAUGCAGAGAAGCAGGCCCCAGAGACCUCAAUGGAAAUCACUAUGCAAAAGCUGUGGGCAAAGAUUCUUAACAUAAACGAAGAAUCAAUUGGACGUGGUGAUAGCUUUAUGGGAAUUGGAGGCGAUUCGAUUGCUGCAAUCCAAGUUGUCAAAGCUGCCCGCGACGAAGGAAUCAAGAUCACCGUCAAGGAUAUUUUCGCCGAUCCCCGUUUAUGGCGUGUUGCAGAAACUGCCAAGUCUUUGAACCCUGAUCAGGCUGUGCAGUCUAUCUCACCGUUCUCAAUGCUUGAUCCGUCUAUUUCGGAACAGAUAAAUGCUGGCAGCGUGUCAGAGGAAUGCGAUCUGGAUGUACACCAAGUGAUUGAGGAUGCCUAUCCAUGUACAGCCCUCCAAGUUGGACUUAUCGCACUUUCGGCCAAACAACCUGGCUCGUACAUUGCCAACUUCGUCUAUAAGCUAUCAAGACAUAUUGACCUACCUAGAUUCAAGGAUUCUUGGAUGAGGACACUCGAAGCUUGUCCUAUUCUUCGCACGCGUAUCAUCAAUUCGAGUGGUCUGCAUACUCAGUUGGUUAUCAAGAAUGACACAUUUUGGGAUGAUUCAACUGGAGAUUUAAGGUUAUCAGAUGCUCUAAAGAGGGCCUAUAACCUCCAAAUGACAUAUGGAACACCCCUCUGCCACUACACACUUUCCCGAGACGACGGGGGCGACUACCACUUCGUGGCAUCCAUUCAUCACGCGAUCCAGGACGGGUGGACGAUUCGGUUGGUCAUGAACACAUUGCUCAGCAUAUAUUCCAGCACAGAGGUUUCACCAUUGGUGCCAUAUGCUUGUUUCAUUCAGCAUACAGCCAGCAUGAGUAUAGAUGCAGCUAGGAGCUACUGGGCAACUCACCUCCAAGGUGUCAAGCCGGCCUUGUUCCCUGCCGUUAAGCACGGAAAGCAUGAGAAUAGGGGCGCGGUUCGCGUGUUGAAGCAAUCCCUCAGCCUUCAUGAAUCAGUGCAUAAUCGCGUCACAACUGCCACGGUGUUGCGUGCUGCCUGGGCUGUGGUGCUUGCAAAGUAUUGCGAUACUCAGGAUAUCUGCUUUGGCGCAACCAUAUCCGGUCGUCAAGCACCUGUUGAUGGGAUUGAAUCUAUGCCCGGACCUAUCAUUGCAACGGUGCCCAUAAGGAUUCAACUGGAUACUAAACAGUCCGUUGAAACUUAUCUUCAGGGUGUUCAGGCCCAGGCGUCAGAAAUGGUGAGCUAUGAACAGUUUGGUCUCCAAAAUAUUUCCAAGAUCGGACCCGAUGCCAUGGAUGCUUGCAAAUUUUCCAGUCUCUUUGUUGUACAGCCAGCCAGCUUUCUUGCCUCGAGAACGAGAGAAGAUUUACUGGUUCCGAGGUCUGGCGAAGACGAGUUGGCGGAGGAUAUAUUGCAGGGCUACUUUAAUUACCCUCUAGUGAUCCAAUGUCAUGUUCACGCUGAGAACGUUGAGCUUCAUGUUAUUUACAACGCUGAGCAUCUUUCUGAGCUCCAGGCUACUGCAAUCUACCACCAAUACGACAAUGUGGUCCGCCAACUUCUUACGAGAAGAGAAAGCCUGUUAGAAGAUGUAUCACUUGCUGGUUCAUGGGAUCUGGAAAAGGCUAUCUCUUGGAAUACAGAGAAUCCCGAGAUAAUGAACACCUGCUUCCAUACGUUAGUCGAAAGUCAAGCAUCAACAAGCCCAGCGGCACCCGCAAUUUGUGCGUGGGAUGGGAAUUUUACCUACAUGGAACUCAACCAGGCCGCCAAUCGUCUUGCUCACAAGCUUGGUAGGAUUGGGGUCAAGCCACAAGACUUGGUUCAUGUUUGCUUCGACAAAUCUGCAUGGCAUUUUGUUUCAAUCCUUGCUAUUAACAAAGCAGGCGCUGCUUGGGUGCCGCUCGAGCCAUCACAUCCUGUUGAACGUCAAAAGCAAGUCGUAUCGCAGACCAAGGCGACUGUGGUUCUCUGCUCACUUUCAAACGCCUCAAUGUGCGAGGCUAUUUUACCGAACGUGAUAAAAGUAGAUAAAGCUUUGGAUGAACAGCUUCAGGGCUCUGGAUUUCCGGACUCAUCACCUGCAAUUACAGUAUCCCCCAGAUCCGCAAUGUACGUGCUGUUUACUUCGGGAAGCACCGGGACACCAAAGGGCUUUGUCAUGGAGCACGCUGCUGUCUGCACCAGUCAGACUGCUGUUGCACAGAGGAUAGGCAUCACUAACAGUGAAAGGGUCUUGCAGUUUGGUGCAUUUGUCUUCGAUAUCACUAUUGGUGAAAUUGUAUUGACACUGAUAUCUGGAGCCAGCAUCUUCGUUCCAUCGGAACACGACAGGAUGAAUAACCUUCCGGAAUUUGUUAAAAUUAAUAGCAUUAAUUGGGCUUGGUUAACGCCAUCAUUCAUCCGCACCAUUACCCCCGAGGAGGUUCCCAGUCUGGAACUUGUUGCUCUUGCCGGAGAGGCUGUUGGCAGGGAUAUUCUUGACGCCUGGUUUGGGAAAGUCAGGCUACUCAAUGGAUGGGGUCCAGCGGAGACAUGCGUGGUCAGUACACUCCACGAAUGGACUGACCUCAAAGAAUCACCACUCACGAUUGGGCGUCCUAUCGGUGGUUUCUGCUGGAUAGUGAAUCCGGAGGACCCUUCCAAACUGGCCCCUAUUGGAACCGUUGGAGAGGUCGUUAUACAAGGCCCGACGUUGCUACGCGAGUAUCUUAGGGAUCAAGAGAAAACAGAUGCAAGCAUGGUGCAACCGCUUCCUUCGUGGGCGCCUCGACGAACUGUCACUGGGUGGAAUCGUGCCUAUAAAUCUGGAGAUCUAUGCUCUUAUAAUUCUGAUGGAACGUUGGAGUUUGUUAGUAGGAAGGAUACUCAGAUCAAGAUCAGAGGUCUCAGAGUGGAACUUGGAGAAGUCGAGAGUCAAAUCAGACAAGGGCUUCACGACCUUCGUCAUGUCGUGGUUGACAGCGUCGAAGUAGCAACUCGCACAAAUCUAGUGGCGUACCUGUCAUUCACUGACCGGGUUAUGUCCGGUUCUUUUCAAGCACAGGAUAUUUUUGAGUGCUCCUCAGAAGAGAACCAGUCUCGGAUUAUCGAGUUGGUAGGAAGGCUGAGCGCCAAGUUACCACGCUAUAUGAUCCCGACCUAUUUCAUAUACUGCCGAUUUAUGCCAUCAAUCACUUCGACGAAGUUGGAUCGGAAAAAGCUGAAAGAGAUAACAAUAGCUCUUGAUGCAAAUGAAUUGGCCAAAUACUCACGCGUCGAAAGUAAGAAGCGUGCACCGGAAACGCGAAUGGAGAGGCAGCUUCAAAAGCUCUGGGCCGACAUCUUGAAACUUCCGGUUGAUUCAAUCGGACGAGACGAUAAUUUCCUACAAAUAGGAGGUGAUUCCAUAGCGGCUAUUUCACUGGUUACCUCUGCACGCAACUCCGGAAUAUCAUUGACAAUCAAGGACAUAUUCGACAACCCGACUCUCCUUGCUGUGGCAGAGAAUGCGGUUGAAUCUACGGACAUGCCGUCUGAAGAGCAGCCGCUAUCGCCUUUUGAUCUGAUCGAACCUCAUAUCCGAGAGAGAAUCAAUAACCCAGAAAUGAGACGAAAAUGGCAGCUUUCCCAGACCCAGCUUAUAGAGGAUGUUUUUCCUUGUUCCUCCAUGCAAGAAGGUCUGAUGUCCCUAACAGAAAAACAGCCUGGCUCUUACAUCGCCAAAUACGUGUUCCGAAUCCACGACCAUGUUGGUCUAGCCCGGUUUAAACAUUGUUGGAAUACAACAGCACAGAUGUGCACCAAUAUGCGGUCUAGAAUCGUAUUCGUUCAGCGGAAAUCAUAUCAACUAGUUGUCAAAGAAGAGAUGGAAUGGGAACAUGUCACCGCAGCCAAUCCAGCUGCAUAUAUGAACCGGCCCACCACUACUACAAUGGGAUAUGGAACUCGUCUUUCUUUGAACACUGUUGUGUCUUGUGCAGAUGGCAAAGAUUACAUAGUGUGGACGACACAUCACGCAAUGUAUGAUGGCUGGGCCUUGAAGAUAAUUUUUGCCACCCUUCACCAGGUGUUUCAGGAAGAGACAUUGACAGCCCUGCACCCGUAUUCAAAUUUCAUCAAGUAUUCAAUGGAUCUGGAUAUGGAAAAGGCUGGAGAGUACUGGAAGAAGGCGCUUGUUGGAGCAAGGAAGGCAUCUUUUCCUCCUCCCCUGGACGAAUGUUACUCCACGGGUGAAGACCAUCUUCCACGAACACACAAUAAACAUGUAGAUUUGAAGGGCUCUAUACACAGCUCAGUUACUAAAGCAUCAGUAAUGAGAGCUGCUUGGGCUGUGGUGCUUGCACGUUAUUGCGAAAGCCACGAUAUUGUGUUCGGGGCUACUGUGUCUGGCCGUCAAGCCCCCAUUCCAGGAGUUGAGACCAUGCCUGGUCCAUUAAUAACCACAGUACCAGUAAGAGUUACGCUUGAUCAAAAUCAAUCUGUGGGAACCUAUCUUCGAGCGAUUCAAAGUCAAGCUCUGGAGAUGGUGCCAUACGAGCAAAUCGGGUUACGAAAGAUCUCGCUUUUGCAUCCCGAUGCCAGAACUGCGGCAGACUUCAGUAGUCUGUUCGUGGUGCAGCCAACAGCCAAGGCUAGCGACCUUGAAACAGGAGGCCAUUCUGUUCUCUUGGCCGGAGAGACAGAAAGAAAACUGACGCAGGAUGCAAUGGGCAAUUACUUCAACUAUCCUCUUGUUCUUGUUAGUAACAUGUUCGAGGAUAGCGCCGAUCAAGUAUUUUACUACGAUGCUCGAGUCAUCUCCGAUGCGCGGAUUAUUGCAAUCUCAAAUCACUUCGACCACGUAGUCCAACAAUUAUUACACCUGGAUGAAGAACCAUUGAGUAGCAUCUCACUUGUGGGAGAAUGGGACAAACGACACGCCAUCGAGUCACAAAGGCUUGCAGAGCCAACAAAGGCAUGUACACACUGGCUUAUUCAGGAACAUAUCAAAGCCCGGCCGUUGGACCCUGCUAUCGUUUCCUGGGAUCGCAAUCUUACCUAUCACGAACUAGGAAUAUUUGCCUCUCGUCUGGCUGUGAAGUUACAGGAACUUGGCGUGGUACCGGAAGUCCUUGUCCCCGUUUGCUUUCCCAAGUCCACUUGGGCUGUGGUUGCGAUGGUAGCUGUCCAAAUGGCUGGAGGUGCCUUUGUUCCCCUGGACUCAGCAGCUCCAUCUGAUCGCCUUAGGUCCAUCCUUGAAGACUCAAAAGCCGGAUUGGUUCUUUGCUCUUUGGAAACAAAAGAAACCAUUCAAAGCACUGGACUCGAUAUCAACACCCUAGUCGUGAGUGAGGAGGAAUUACUUGAGCUUUCCGACCCUCCACACCCAGUGGCAUCUUCCGUCAGCUAUGAGAAUGCUAGUUUUGUUAUCUUCACUUCAGGUUCUACAGGCCGACCAAAGGGCAUGUUAAUACAACAUGACCAAGUGUGUACAUCUUUCGACGCCUAUGGGGUUGAGCUUGGACUGGGGCCUGGAACUCGCGUUUUCCAAUUCUGUGCCUUUACGUUUGAUUUAGGCAUCUUCGACGUGUUGGGCACUCUGAGCAAAGGUGCCUGCAUAUGUAUGCCAUCUGACCACCAGCGUCUCAACGACCUCGCUGCGACAAUCAGAUCUACGGAGGCUAAUUGGUUGUUUUGCACGCCUACGGUAGUAAAUCUUCUGCAUCCGUCUGAAGUCCCAACCUUAAAAACCAUCGGCCUGGGAGGCGAGGCUAUCACUAAGCAAGUAUCGGAUCGCUGGAAGGAUUACGUGCAACUGAAUGGUUUGUACGGCCCAGCUGAGGCAUCAUCUUGCGCCAGAAACCUCGAUGUAGGAAGAGACGAUCGACCAACGAACAUCGGUGUGCCAAUGUCGAGUGCAUUUUGGGUUGUUGAACCUCAAGAUACAAAGAAGUUAGUGCCUGUGGGCUGUAUCGGCGAGCUCCUUAUCCAAGGACCUAUGCUCGCCCGAGGGUAUAUCAACGUUACCCCCGAGCAGAAUGCAGCCUGGAUGGAAGACGUUAACUGGCUCCCAGGGGACAUGUCCCGCCGAAGAGCGUAUCGAACAGGAGAUUUGGUGCGCCGAAACGCAGAUGGAACAUACGAGUACAUCGGCCGAAUGGAUUCACAGGUCAAGAUCCAUGGACAGAGAGUGGAACUGGGUGAAAUUGAAGCAAGAAUCUACCAACACUUACCAAACAACAUGAGUGCGAUGGUUGAAGUCCUCAAAUCAGAUAAGAGUACAUCGACUGAUACCUUGCUUGCUUUCAUGUGGUAUAAUGAUGUGACGGACGUGAGGUCUCGUGGCGCCGUCAAGUUGAUAGGGUCCGUUUCCUCAGACAUCAGGUUGCUGAUCUCAUCAAUCAACAGCUCUCUUGAAGCAGUACUUCCGUUGUACAUGAUUCCCUCAACCUACCUUAUCUUUCAAGGGCAUCCAGAGAUGUCGGUCUCUGGCAAAGUAAAUCGCAAAGCUCUCGUUGCCCACGCCACUGGGCUGACUACACAGGAUCGUCUUCGAUUUGCCCCCGAGGCGACUAAGCACGAACCCCCAACUACGGCUAUGGAAUUAAAGCUGAGAAGCCUAUGGGCUCAAGUUUUGGAUAUAACUCCAAAGGACAUCGGCAAGUACGACAGCUUUUUGAGAGUUGGCGGUGACUCAGUUACGGCUAUUCAACUAGUUUCUACCGCACGAUCACAAGGCAUAACUCUGCAAGUCAGCGCCAUCUUCCACGACCCUAGACUAUGUGCCAUGGCAGAAGCUGCUACAGAAAUUGGCUUUGCUUCUGAUACCGAGAUUCUUCCAUUCAACAUGCUGGAAGGCCUCUCUAUGGAUACAGCAGGCAUGGUAACAGAGAUUCGAAGAAGGUGUAACCUAAAGGAUGAUGCUGUGAUUGAGGAUGCUUUCCCUUGCACAAAACUUCAAGAAGGCCUCUUGUCUUUGACCUCAAAACAUCCUGGCUCUUACAUCGUCAACAAAGUAUACAGAUUACCGGAAAGUACCGAUGUUUCCAGGUUCAAGACUGCUUGGGAGACAACUGUGGACUUGUGUGGUAUCUUGCGAACAAGGAUUGUUGUGUUCAAAGAAUCUGCCAUCCAGGCCGUCUUCAAGAGUCUCGACUGCUGGAGCGUUACCAAAGACAUGGACUUAGAACAAUACCUCUCUAAUAUCGAGCUUGUGAAUAGAGACUUGGGAUACGGAACACCUCUCUCAAGGGCAGCCCUCGUCCAAGACGUUCGGGGUACGAACUAUUUUGUAUGGACCGUGCACCAUUCCGUUUUUGACGGUUGGACCACGCAAAUCAUCAUGAACACUCUCUCACAAGCUUAUAUGGGCAUGCCACUCCCCAAAUUGCAGCCCUAUUCCCGAUUUAUCAAAUAUAUCACAGACCUCGACGCAACUGAAGCGAGUAGCUACUGGGCCCAGGAGUUGUUCCAAGCAAAGCGAGCAUCCUUCCCAGUACCUACCACUCUGAUUGGUGAACCUGCUCACCAAGACGAGAGCAAGGUAUUCCAGUAUAAGAUGGCCUUUCCUGGCUCAACAGGUACAUCUAUCACCAGAGCAACAAUUCUGCGCGCAGCAUGGGCUAUUCUGCUCUCCAAAUAUUGCGAUGAUAACGAUAUCUGUUUUGGAACAACGGUGUCAGGUCGCCAUGCACCUGUUAGCGGUUUAGAGUGCACACCUGGCCCUAUAUUAGCUACAGUCCCCGUUCGGGUACGAUUAGAGCCAGGGAGGACAGUUCCCGGAUUGUUGGAUGAUAUGCAAACGCAAGCAUCUGAGAUGGUGCCAUACGAGCAGUUCGGACUUCAGAAUAUCUCUAAGCUUGGACCUGAUGCCAAGGAAGCCUGUGACUUUUCCAGCCUCAUCGUAGUACAGUCAAGCCGUCACUCUAAGGCGAGUGAGGAUGGAUCACUGUUGGUUCCACGAGAUGAUGACGCAGCUAUGACAGAGAAGCAGCUUCAGAACUAUUUCAGCUACCCGCUUGUGUCAGAGUGCUUUCUGAACGAUGACCAUAUUCAACUGAUCUACGUCUAUAAAACCAAUUACUUGACUGAAACGCAGAUGGUGGCCCUAGCACACCAUUACGAACGCAUUGUUCAGCAGCUUCUCCUCCAAGAUGACACCCAAGUCGGUGAUUUGGACAUUGCAGGAGAAUGGGAUUUGAUGAAAGCUAUGGAAUAUAAUUCUGUGGAGAGUAAUACUAUAAAUAUUGUUAAUUCCUGCCUGCACCAUCUUUUCGAGGCGCAGGUGAAACGCCAACCUCACAAGGUGGCCUUACGGGCUUGGGAUGGUGACUUUACUUAUCGCCAACUUGACGAGGCUGCCAACCGGCUCGCCAAUCAUCUGUUUUCAGACUUGAAGGUACAGAUAGAAGACUUUGUCCUUGUUUGUUUCGAAAAGUCAGCAUGGUACCUCGUGGCAAUACUGGCAGUCAAUAAAGCAGGCGGGGCGUGGGUGCCUCUUGAUCCAUCACAGCCCACCACCCGACAUCAGUCAGCCGCUACCCAGACCCAAGCUAGGAUAGCUUUGGCAUCUGCUAGCUGUUUUGAACAUUGCAAGACACUCGUUGAAACCGUGGUUGAGGUAUCCGAGUCAAGCGACCUGUCACUCCAGAAUCGUGGUUUCGAUGGGAUCAAGGCUCCACGCUGUGAUGUCCAGCCUCAUCAUGCUGCCUUUGUUCUUUUCACUUCUGGUAGCACCGGCACACCAAAAGGUAUUGUGAACGAACAUAGAGCGGUUUGCACUAGCGAGGUGGAAACUAUAAAAAGGUUCGGCCUUCACUCAGAACUUGUGGUGCUUCAGUUUGCAUCUUUUGUUUUCGAUCUACACAUCACGGAAUCUCUCACCUCUUUCCUAGCAGGAGCAUCGGUGUGUAUGCCGGCGGAGGAGACUCGGCUGAACAGCUUGCCUAGCUAUAUAAAUGAAAUGGGGGUUACGUGGGCUUACAUGACGCCGUCACUGGCCAGGACAAUACGGCCAGAGGUUGUUCCUGGCCUCAAGACCUUAUCUUUCGGCGGCGAAGCUGUCAGCCCAGAUGUGUUUAAUCAAUGGUUUGGCAAGGUCCAGCUGUUCAAUGGUUGGGGCCCCGCGGAGGCCAUCGUGCAUAGCACGAUCCACGAAUGGAAAUCAUGCAAUGAGUCCUCAAUGACUAUUGGAUAUCCUGUUGGCUGCAAUGCUUGGAUUGUUGAUCCAAAUGAUGCAAAGAAGCUCUCCCCAAUCGGCUGUCUGGGAGAGAUUAUCUUACAAGGACCAACACUCCUCCGAGAAUACCUGGCGGACCCUGAUAAAACUAGGUCCUUGCUUCUUACUGACCUUCCAACAUGGGUCCCGAGAUAUAAUGAGCCCGGAUGGUCAAGAUUCUAUAAGACGGGAGACUUGGGAUUUUACAACCCAGACGGAUCUAUCAAAUUCUCCUCCAGAAAAGACACACAAGUCAAGAUUCGAGGCCAGCGUAUCGAACUUGGUGAGAUUGAAAACAGUAUCUUGAGUAGCUUGGAAGGAAUCCGGCAGGUUGCGGUGGACAUUCUUCAGACCGAGAGAAACAAAAGCUUGGUAGCAUUCUUUUGUUUCAACGACGACUCUCGAGUCCCACUCGACAAAGAGGAUCAGGAUAUCUUCCUCAACCAUACUGACGACACCCAUGCUCGCCUUCUCGCUAUGAGGGGCAAAAUCGCGACGUCUUUACCAAAAUACAUGAUUCCUACGUUUUAUAUCAUGUGUAGUUAUAUGCCGCUGGUCACUUCUGGAAAGAUGGAUCGCAAAACUCUCAAGGCGUUGACUGCAAAUCUUUCUCAGGAGAAACUCGCCACAUAUACCCUUGUCGAUGCCGAUAAGCAGGCACCGGAAACUGAGAUGGAAAAGAAACUACAACUGAUAUGGGCGGAAAUACUGAAUAUACCAAUGGAUAGUAUUGGUCGCGAUGAUAGCUUCCUGCAAAUCGGCGGUGAUUCUAUCGCCGCCAUCACUCUUGUAGGGGCCGCCAGUGAAGAGGGCAUCGAAUUCACCGUAAAAGAUGUUUUCAACGAUCCAAGGCUGUCCGCGAUUGCCUCCAAAGCGAUCGAAUUGCCCAACGCUGGGGAUGGCGUCCAUGAUGCCGACUAUCAGCCCUUUAGCCUUCUUGACCCAACCCUCCCCGACUUGGUGACGAUGGUUAAGAAUCACGCUUCAGAAAAUUUCGAAUUAGAGCCUGGGCAGACAAUCGAAGAUGCCUAUCCAUGCACUGGCUUCCAAGAAGGCCUAAUGGCUCUCUCGGUCAAACAGCCUGGUUCCUAUAUAACGCAUCAUACAUAUCGACUUGGAGAAAAUGUAGACGUCGACCGCUUCCGUGCUGCAUGGGAGCAAACAGUGCAAGCAUGCACUAGUUUGCGCACCAAGAUAUUUAAGCUUUCAGGAGUUGCAAUACAAGCUAUCACUAGAGGUCCCAUAAGAUGGGAAUCUGAAUAUGUUGGCAUGAACCUCAAGUUGACCCUAGAAGGACUACGCACUACAGAGAUGACAUUUGGGUCGGAAUUGAACGUCUUCGCAUUGGUUCAGGAUCCCGUUGAAGGAUGGCAUUUCGUCUGGCUAGCUCAUCACGCAGCUCAUGAUGGCUGGACGGCUCGAAUUGUCAUGGCCACUUUACAUCAAGCUUAUCAAGGCUUCGAGCUACCGCCAAUCCCUCAGUAUGCGAGGUUUAUCAAGUUUGUAUUGGACCUUGACCCAGAGAGCGCCGCUGAAUACUGGGGGAAACAACUUCAAGGGGCUCACCGUGCCGUGUUCCCACCACAAUUAUCAACCAAGGCACUGUACGGCAGUACCAAAACCCUGGUCAGGUCUAUUGAUGUUUGCACCACUUCCAAGAGCCCAAUAACAAUGGCCACAAUCCUCCAUGCAACGUGGGCCUUUGUUCUCGCAAGAUACUGUGACGUAGACGACGUCUGCUUUGGUGUCUCAACAUCCGGGAGACAGGCGCCUGUCAGUGGAUUACCGCAUAUGACUGGCCCGGUUGUUACAACUGUUCCCUUGAGGGUCCUUAUUGAUCCCGAACAAUCUGUGCUGGGCUUUUUGCACACUGUUCAAGAUAUUGCCACUGAAAUGGGCACAUAUGAGCAAUUCGGGCUUCAAAACAUACAAAAGAUAAGUCAGGAUACCAAGGAAGCUUGCAAUUUCAAUAGCUUGUUGGUAGUCCAACCAGUUCAGCACUUGGUUGGAGGGGUGAUGGACUCUGAUGGGCUGAUCUCCCCUGUGGAGGCCCAAGGUGAGGAAGACUUACAAAACUUCUUCAACUACCCCCUCGUCAUUCAAGGUCACAUGUUCGAUGAUCAUACAGACUUGUACCUUGUCUACAAUACAGAUUGUGUAUCCAAGUCUAAAAUGGAAGCGCUGGCUAUCCACUUCGAGGAGGUUGCCAAACAGCUUUCAAAACUUGGCUCGACUCCUCUGGGCGAUAUUUCUCUAGCGGGAGACUGGGAUCUAAAACAAUCUCUCUCUUUCAACCAAGACGAACCAGUGAUAGUUGAGAGCUGCGUUCAUGACUUGAUUGAAAGCAAGGCCCAUGAUUUUAGUGAGAGACAGGCCAUCGAUGCAUGGGACGGUUCUUUCACCUAUGCUCAGCUCCAAGAAUCAGUUGAUAUGCUCUAUAUGCACCUUGUCAAUGAUUUGAAUGUGAAUGAGGGUGAUCUAGUCUUGGCGUGCUUUGAGAAAUCGGCUUGGUAUAUCGUGUCUAUCCUUGCUAUAAACAAAGCAGGAGCAGCAUGGGUUCCAAUUGAUUCCUCUCAUCCUGUCCAGCGACUCAAGAAUAUCGCCGAGCAAACAAGAGCAAAGCUCGCUCUCACGUCGCCAGCUAAUGAAAAGCUGUGCGCCAGCCUGGUAGACAACGUGAUCUCGAUAACUUCAGAACUCAAUGAAACACUGACACAGCAUUCAAAACAUAAGCUGCGUGCGUCUACCGUGUCAACUCGGUCUGCUGCAUAUGUUCUUUUCACCUCUGGCAGCACGGGUGUGCCAAAAGGUGUCAUCAUUGAGCAUGUCUCGCUUUGCACGAAUCUUCUUGCAAUGGCUAAAAGGUUGAAAAUCACACCUGAUGUGAGGAUGUUGCAAUUCUCAUCCUUUGCGUUCGAUUUCAGUGUGGUGGAGAUUUUUGUAUCCCUGAUUUCCGGCGCUUGUGUCUGUGUGCCUUCCGCCCAUGAUCGGAUGAACAAUCUCAAACGAUUCGUUGCUCAAAAGAAAAUCACUUGGAUGUGUCAGACGCCCGCGGUUGCCAGAACUUUGAAGCCAGACGAUUUUCCAAGUCUGAGGCUACUGCUACUUGGUGGUGAGGCAGUUAGCCAGGAGAUUGUCGCUUCAUGGACUGGAAAGGUUCGCCUAUUGAAUGCAUGGGGGCCUACCGAGACUACCGUUAUGGGCUCGAUGCAUGAGUAUAGGUCUGCUGAGGAGCAGUCUUCUAUUAUAGGAGCCCCUAUCGGUGGAUUCUGUUGGAUCGUUGACCCGAAUGAUCACAAUAAGCUUGCACCUACAGGGUGCUUGGGCGAGGUAAUGAUCCAGGGUCCAACUUUGCUUCGAGAGUAUCUAUUUGAUAGUGCCAAGACUACAGCAGCAACAGUGUCCCAACUUCCCCCAUGGGCACCUAAGAAGUCUUCCCCUUAUUAUGGGCGCUUUUUCAAAACCGGUGACUUGUGCUUCUAUAAUGAAAACGGGGAAUUGGUAUAUUCAGGUCGCAAAGAUCAACAAAUCAAAAUUCGUGGUCUUCGAGUCGAACUUGGAGAAAUCGAGUCACACAUCCGCCAAGGCUUAGACAAGGCCGAGGAGGUUGUUGUAGAUGUUCUCAAGACUGAGCAUGGGCCAAGUCUGGCGGCGUUCUACCAUUACAAGCACAAUUCCACAACCGAUGACGGCGCCGUUGACUCUGGCAAAUUAAUUCUUCCUCUCUGCUCAGACUUAGAAAGCGACAUCAUCGCUUUAACUGGGCACUUGAAAGUCUCCCUGCCACCGUACAUGGUUCCGAAUUACUUCUUUCCUUGCAAGUAUAUUCCACUGAUUACCUCGACUAAGCUGGACAGGAAAAAGCUAGUCAGCGAAGCCUUGGCUUUGGAGCGAGGCGAUCUUGCCAGUUACGCGCUAACGGCAACUAUUAAACGUGCGCCUGAGACAGAUUCGGAGCUCGAUAUGCAAAGAGUUUGGUCUCAAGUCUUGGGGAUUUCGCCUCAGUCCAUUGGCAGGGAUGAUAGCUUUCUGCAGAUUGGCGGCGACUCUAUUCUGGCGAUUCAAGCCGUUGAGAUAGCCCGUCAGGCUGGGCUUGAUAUUACUGUCCAAGCUAUAUUUGAUGACCCUCGCCUUUCGAGUGUCGCUUCUAAGGCCGUUGCAACGAGCAAGAAAUCUCGCAAAGUUCAGCCAUUUAGCCUCCUAGAGGAUGGACAGAGACAAACCGUUUUGGAGGCCAUAUCGGGCCAGAUCCCCUCUGACUCUAUUGUCGAGGAUGCCUUCCCCUGUACCGGGCUUCAAGAAGGACUUAUGGCAUUAACCGCCAAACAGCCCGGCUCGUACAUUGCCAAGCAUGUGUACAAGCUAUCGAACCAUGUGGAUAUCAAUCGAUUCAGAAUAGCUUGGGAGAAGACAACAGCUCUCUGCAGCAAUCUUCGUACGCGAAUCUUCUCCAUCGAUGGACGCAUAAUCCAAACCACGAUCCAAGACGAUGGGUGCUGGGAGUCCUCGAAUGUGUCCGACAUCCAGACAUACCUAAAAUUCAUGAAAGAUAGAAAAAUGACAUAUGGUUCGCGUCUUUGCAACUAUGCACUGGUUAAAGGGCCUGGGGACUCAACAUAUUUUUCACUCGAUAUCCACCAUGCGAUUUUCGACGGCUGGUCAAACGGCCUGAUCCUCACUACUCUGCAGGCGCAGUACUCCGAUACAGCUAUGCCUUCAAUCCAGCCGUUUUCUUCGUUUAUCAAUUAUAUCAUGAACAUUGAUACGGACGAGGCUAACGAGUACUGGAGCAAUGAGUUGUCAGGGGCUCAAAUGUCGACUUUCCCAGCACCAAGAGGCGGCAUGACUGGGCUCACACGAGUUGUCCAGAAGACUAUCAACCUACCAACACCAGCAAAUAAGUCAAUUACCCAAGCUUCCAUUCUUCGCGCCGCCUGGGCUCUUGUGCUUGGACGGUACUCUGACUCACACGACGUGUGCUUUGGGGUUACCUCAUCUGGAAGACAUGCCCCAGUUCCUGGGAUUCAAAAUAUGCCGGGCUUAGUGAUUGCUACGGUUCCGGUUCGUGUCCAAAUCAAUGAGAAACAGUCAAUUCAUGAUUUCUUGAAGACUGUCCAAGACCAGGCGAUGGCAAUGGUACCCUAUGAGCAACAUGGGCUGCAAAACAUCUCAAAGCUAAGCCCCGAUGCGAAGCAAGCUUGCAACUUCAGCAGUCUUUUGACGGUUCAGCCAGCCCGGCAUAUGGGUCUGAAUGGGAGCGACGACGACUCGGUUCUCACGUCGGCUGACCUCGAAGAUCUCCAAUCUAACGACGUGCUCCAGAACUAUUUCAGCUAUCCUCUCGUGGCGCAAUAUCAUAUCCUAGAAGACUCAAUAAAGCUGAAUCUCAUUUACAACACAGGAGCGCUCUCUGAGGAUCGGCUAGUAGCCUUGUCUCACCAUCUUGGUCACGUAGUGAGCCAACUUGCACUACAAAGUGAUCAGCCACUUUCUACAAUUUCUAUUAGUAGCGAAUGGGAUCUGAACAAGGCGACGAGCUGGAACUCCCAAGCUCCCACUUAUCUUCAUGAGGUUUGUGUCCAUGAUCUCUUCUCACAGCAUGCUCGACACAUGCCCCAUCGUGAGGCAAUCUUCACUUCGAGCGAAACCAUGACCUAUGAAACGCUCGAUCGCUACUCUACCGCCAUCGCUAGCCACUUGGCACAUCUUGGCGUCAAGCCGGAAACUGUUGUCCCCUUCUGUUUCGAGAAGUCGAUGUGGACAAUUGUCGCAAUUCUUGGUAUCCUCAAAGCUGGAGGCACUUUUGUUCCACUUGACCCUUCACAUCCUACUGCUCGCCGGCAGGCUCUGAUGGACGAAACAAAGGCGCAGUUUGUGGUAGUUUCCUCAAACACCGCCCAUCUAUGCACUGGGAUGGCACCGAAUAUCGUACUGGUACCUGAUUGUAUACAAUCUGCGACAAGCAGUAAUGGUGUCCUGGCAUCCAGCUACAGAAAACCAAAACCAUCAAAUGCUGCAUAUAUCAUAUUCACAUCAGGAUCGACAGGCAAGCCAAAAGGUGUCAUUAUGGAUCAUGCUGCCCUAUCAUCUAGUACCCUUGGGCAUGGCAAAUAUUUUGGCAUAGGACAGCAGUCUCGAGUCUUUCAAUUCUCUAAUUACGUAUUUGACGGCAGUAUGGGAGAGAUCCUUACAACUUUAGCUUUUGGGGGCACUGUAUGCGUACCUUCAGAAGCUGAACGCCUUCAGUAUGCCGCUGAUUUCAUGGUGCGGUCUCGAGCGAACACAGCAAUGCUGACGCCUUCAUUUGUCAGAACAUUCAAACCUGAACAAGUCCCAUUGCUGAAAACUCUCGUGUUGGGCGGAGAACCUGCUUCGAAGGACCUUGUUGACACAUGGCAAGGGCAUGUAAAUUUGAUCAACGGAUAUGGCCCCGCGGAAGCCUGCAAUUAUGCAACCACGCACACUUUUACUUCAAAGGACGAAAGCCCGCGCAAUAUCGGCCGUCCGUUCAAUGGCAAUUGCUGGAUCGUUGAACCAGAUGACUGCAAUACUUUAACUCCUCUCGGAUGCACCGGAGAACUCGUAAUCGAAAGUCAUUCCCUUGCUCGGGGUUACUUGAACGAAGCCGAAAAGACCAAGAGCUCAUUCCGUGACCGUAUUGAUUUCUUGCCUGCCAAUCGCGCUGAGCAGCCUCGACGUGUCUAUCUGACUGGCGAUCUUGUGAGAUAUACACCAGAUGGAGACAUGGAAUACGUUGGGAGAAAAGACACACAGGCGAAGCUACGUGGCCAGAGGCUGGAGCUCGGGGAGAUAGAAUACCAAAUCAAACAGGCACUUCCAACCAUGGAACACGUGGCUGUUGAUGUCAUACGCCGGGACUCUGGGGAUGAGCUUGUUGCUUUUGUUUCAUUCCCAGGGAUGGACGAAUCCAAACAACGUGCCUCAACUUUGGUAAACUUGAUUACCCUCGAUGAUUCUUUGCGGGACUCUCUCUCAGAGGUCGUUAGGUCUCUUGAGGCAGCAUUACCCGCUUACAUGGUGCCCAGAACCAUAUUGCCACUUCAGCAUAUGCCUUUCAUCACAUCGAUGAAGAUAGACCGGGACAAUCUCAAAUCUCUUGCGAAUUCAUUGUCUAAAGAAGAGCUGUCAGGAUACGCUCUAUAUCGUACUGCCCAUGAAGAACCUUCGACCCCGAUUGAGUUCAAAUUGCGCGAUAUUUGGUCACAAGUGUUGCAGAUACAACCUGCACAAAUCGGCAAGAAUGAUUCUUUCCUAGCUAUUGGAGGUGACUCAAUUUCUGCUAUCCACAUGGUCUCCUUGGCACAGCAACAAGGUAUGAAGAUUGAAGUCUCCUCUGUGUUCGAGGACUCGAGAUUGUCCCACAUGGCAGAAUCCGCAAUCUUGACAGAUGACCCUACCGAGACCUUUUCUGUUCAACCUUUCAGCCUCCUCCCGACUGCUGAAAUGGAUAGCAUUCUUUGUGAAGUCAUGAACCAAUGCAAACUCUCCGAUAAGAGCAUGAUUGAGGAUAUUUUCCCGUGUACACCACUGCAGGAGGGUCUCAUGGCCUUAGCAGUAAAGCAACCUGGUUCUUAUAUUGCCAAGCAUGUUUACAAACUGUCAGAUCACGUUGAUAUCGAUCGUUUCAAAGCUGCAUGGGAACGCACGGCGCAGAUCUGCGGCAAUCUGCGAACAAGAAUUCUGAGUAUUGACGGCUCACACUUCCAGACAGUGUUGAGCAAUGACAUUGACUGGGCGACUUCCGACAACAUUUCUGUCAAUUCAUUCCUCAACUCUCCCCGGUCUAACACUGUAUGCUACGGGGAUAGACUAUCUCAUUGCGCCAUCAUUUUAGAGAAUGGUCAUUAUUAUUUCGCAUGGACUAUCCAUCAUUCCAUCUUCGACGGUUGGUCAACUCGUACGGUUCUGAAGACUCUGUAUGAGAGCUACUUCAAGAUAACUGCUUCGCCGCUCCAGCCGUAUUCCAGCUUCAUCAGUUAUACGAUGAAACUUGACAAGGACGCCGCAAAGGAAUUUUGGAAGAAGGAGCUUCUUGAUGUCAAACGGGCAACAUUCCCUUCGACACUCCCAACAACCGAAUCUACCCGCAGCCAGGUACAAACCUUGACGCGAUCAAUAUCCUUUACAGAGACCCGUAAUACCUCUAUUACCACCGCAACUGUGCUCCGCGCGGCAUGGGCACUGGUUUUAGCACGCUAUUGUGAUACUGAUGACGUGUGCUUCGGCACAACAAUAUCAGGUCGUCAAGCCCCUGUACCGGGCUUGGUAGAUAUGCCUGGGCCGGUGGUCGCCACUGUCCCCGUUCGCGUACAAAUUGACUCAGGACGUCUUGUGUCUGAUUAUCUCCAGGAUGUUCAGAACCAAGCUGGUAGGAUGAUUCCAUAUGAGCAAUAUGGUCUCCAGAAUAUUGCGAAACUCACUCCUGAUACAAAGGAGGCGUGUGAGUUCUCCAGCUUGCUCCUCGUUCAGCCAAUGAAUCAUAUUGCUUCACAAAAUGCGUCGGAAGAAGAUCAAAUAUUCGUUGCAACUGGAGAUGAUGACGCUCAGGCGACAGGAGAGAUGCAAAACUACUUUACCUAUCCACUUAUCAUUCAAGGACAAGUUCGCGAGCAAGGAGUGGACCUUGUUCUGAUUUAUAAUUCUGCUGUUCUUUCUGAGGAUAGAGUCACCGCACUGAGCCAUCAUUUUGAUCAUGUGGUUCAGCAAUUGACGAGAGGUCCGCAGAUGGCAUUAUCGGAAGUGUCCGUAUCUGGGGAAUGGGAUUUGCAGAAGGCCAUUGAUUGGAAUCUCGACGCUCCGGAAUACGCAAAUGUCUGCGUCCAUCAACUAAUCGAAAAACAAGCCGAAAGAAAUCCAAAUGCGACGGCACUUGAUGGAUGGGACGGUACAUUCACUUACAAGGAGCUCAACGACGCUGCGAAUAGAUUGGCCCACCACCUGGUCUCCAAGCUGCGUGUUCAAGCCGAAGACAUGGUUCUAGUAUGCUUUGAUAAAUCAAUCUGGUUCAUUGUCUCAAUUUUAGCAAUCAACAAGGCUGGGGCUGCUUGGGUGCCAUUAGAUCCAUCUCAUCCUCUCCAACGCCAGCGCCAGAUCGUUAAGCAGACACAAUCGAGGGUUGCAUUGGCGGCAUCGCAGAUGAUUUCGAGAUGCUCAGAGCUUGUCUCGAAUGUCGUGGAGGUGACUGCCACGUUUGACUCUUCUCUGGCUAGAGACACGAUCAGCUCCUCUGGGCUAGAAGUAACCGUAGCUCCAAGCAACGCAACCUACGUCCUCUUCACCUCCGGAACCACUGGCCUGCCAAAAGGUUUAGUAAUGGAGCAUGGGGCGUUGACCACAUGCAUUCUUUCUCUUUCGAGCACCUUAGGAGUCCACCAAAACGUCAAAAUGCUGCACUUUUCUGCCCACGUAUUUGACAUUGGCAUUGGAGAGAUAUUCAUGCCAUUAUUUUCUGGCGCUACUCUGUGCAUCCCCUCUGAGCAUGAUAGGAUGAAUAGCCUAUCCGAUUUCAUUUGCGACAAGGGCGUCAAUUGGCUUUUCCUCACUCCAUCGUUUACGCGAACCUUGCGGCCAGAGAAAGUUCCAAGUAUCGAACUAAUCCUCACUGCAGGAGAACCGUUCGGUAAAGAUCUGCUAGACAUGUGGUUUGGAAAGGUUCGACUUGUAAACUCAUGGGGCCCAGCAGAAACUUGCAUUAUCAAUACAACCAACGAGUUCAAGUCACAACAUGAUUCUGCCUUGAAUUUCGGUCGGCCUUUUAACUCCAGGUGUUGGAUCGUAGAUACCGACAAUCCCCACCGUCUUGCCCCAAUAGGCUGUGUUGGCGAGAUUGUCCUUCAAGGUCCUAUUAUCUUGAGGGAAUACCUUGCAGAUGUUGAAAAGACACAAGCAGCUAUGAUAACCGACCUGCCUAACUGGGUUCCCGAUCGGAACGAUAUUCACUGGAACAGACUUUUCAAAUCAGGUGACUUGGGUUUCUACCACCCUGAUGGAACCAUUGAAUUUGUUGCGAGAAAGGAUACUCAAGUCAAAAUUCGCGGUCUUCGAGUUGAAUUAGAUGAAGUGGCUCACCAUAUUCGUCAAUCUCUCGAAGGUGUUCAGAAGAUCAUCGUCGAUGUACUCAAGACUAGCAGUGGCGUUAGCCUGGCCGUUUACUUGUGCUUCUCCAAUGAAACUCGACCCCCUCAAGAGGUGUUGGGAGAUGACGACGACCUCCUCCUUCCACACACGCCAGAACUUCAACAGCGCUUAACAGAUAUGAUCAGCACACUCACAGCGGUGCUACCUCCAUAUAUGAUCCCGACUUUCUUCUUUCCCUGCAAGUUCAUACCACUCACCGGUUCAUCGAAGCAAGAUACCAAGCGACUUCGUAAUGUAACAGCCGUCCUCAGCCCAGAGGAACUUUCCCGCUUCUCUCCUUCCUCAGGUGAGAAGCGAGCACCGGAGACUCCUAUGGAGAAUCAGAUUCAACGCCUUUGGGCCGACCUCAUCAACAUUCCAGCCAGCUCGAUAGGUCGUGAUGACACCUUCCUAGCCGUUGGUGGUGACUCCCUGUUGGCCAUCCGGUUCGUCUCUCAACUGCGCGAACUUGGUCUAGUCUUGGCCGUCAAGGAUAUCUUUGAUGACCCUCGCUUGUCAUCUGUUGCCAGCAAGAUUAGGCAGGGCGGAGAAGGUGAUGAAGUCCACAAGACCGUCGCCCCUUUCCAGCUAUUAGGCGAUGGCCAGCUAGAGGCAGUCCAGGCAGAUCCUAGUCUCCGUUCUAGGCAUGAAAUUGAAGAUGCUUUCCCUUGCACCAAGCUUCAGGAGGGCCUGAUGACCAUUUCUGUCAAACAACCUGGUUCAUACAUCUCGAAGCAGGUAUUCCAUAUCUCACAGCACGUGGAUCUCGACAACUUCAGAACCGCUUGGGAGAGAACAGUCGAACUGUGCAGUAACCUGAGGACAAGGAUAGUUCUUCACCAGAAUUCUUCGAUUCAGAAUGUUGUGAAGUAUGACAGAGGAGAUGUGUGGGAUGAAGUCAAUGGACUUGAUCGGCGGUCAUUCUUGCGAAAUUCCCACACAAUACGUAUGGGAUAUGGAUCGCGGCUCUACAGAUCUGCGCUGAUUCAAGAGCCAAAUGGCCAGAAUUUCUUUUGUCUUUUGAUGCACCACGCAAUAUUUGACGGCUGGACAAUGUCAAUUAUGUUAAAGACCUUGGUCAGCUUCUACCAUCAGAGACAGGCUCCCACCGUCUAUCCAUACAAUAGAUUCGUCAAGUAUACUCAAGACCUCGACCAGAACGAAGCUACCAGAUUCUGGAAAGACCAACUUCAGGAUGCACAAAAGGCAUCGUUCCCAGAUACGGCUGAGAAUCUAAAUGUCCAAAAACAGACCAAGGUCUUUCAAAAGCAAUUGGAAAUCUCUUGGCCUAAGGAUACCAGUGUUACAAAAGCAUCCGUGCUUAGAGCAGCCUGGGCCGUUGUUCUUUCUCGCUAUUGCACAUCGGAUGAUAUUUGCUUCGGGGCGGUCGUGUCCGGAAGAAACGCGUCAGUAUCAGGAAUAGAGGGAGUUACCGGUCUCAUUACGGCAACUGUUCCUGUCCGCGUACGCCUGUCACGGGACCAACGGGUUUCCCAGUUCGUUCGAGGCAUACAAGCUCAGGCAUCCGAUAUGGUAGCAUAUGAACAGUUCGGUAUACAAAACAUAGCCAAGCUCGGACCUGACGCAAAAGCAGCCUGUGAUUUUUCAAGUCUCAUGAUCGUUCAACCUGGUCAACAUGUGGAAAAUCCCACUAGCAAAAACCACGAAGCCGUACUUGAGCCCGAUGCAUCGCAAGAAUGUGUCGUCCAGGACUCGAUGCAAAACUUCCUCAAUUACCCUCUUGUGGUUCAAUUCGUCCUGCAAGGUUCACAAACAGAACUUUUCAUUAUGUAUGACCCCAAUGCUGUGACUGAGCAGCAAUCAGUCGCUAUCUCUCAUCAGAUAGAACAUGUCAUCAGCCAAAUGCUCAAAGCUGGCGACGUGCUGCUGGGCGAAUUGUCCGUGACCGGCCCAUGGGACCUGCAACAGGCAAUCAAGCUUAACUCUCACGUUAAUCAUGGCGUUUUUCAAGCUUGCAUUCACGAUUUAGUUUCCAGCCACGCUUGUCGUGAACCAAGUCGAGAAGCAAUUUACUCCACAGGAAAGUCAAUCACAUACGGAGAGUUGGACAGUCUAUCUGAUCUGCUAGCGUCGUAUCUGCAUUUCCUCGGAGUUCGACUUGAAAUCAUGGUGCCCUUCUGCUUUGAAAAGUCCCCUUGGGCUAUCAUUGCGAUGCUGGGCAUAAUGAAGGCUGGAGGUGCUUUUGUUCCACUUGAUCCAGGCCACCCCUUCGAUAGACGAAAGUCUCUAGUCCAGGAAGUGAAUGCUAGCAUCGUCUUAGUAUCGCCGUCAACUGCACAAGCUUGCGAGGGCAUUGCCGAACACGUAAUCGAAAUCUCGGAACAAUUCCUCUCACAUCUGAAGAUCUUAGACAUUUCGCUACAACCUCCAAAGACGACCGCUAGUCCAGAUAAUGCAGCAUACACUCUAUUCACCUCAGGCUCGACUGGAAAGCCAAAGGGCGUGUUGAUCACCCACUCUGCCAUCUGCACGUCGCUCAUGGGCCAAAGAGAAUCCAUGGGUUCCUCCUCUAGCUCUCGCUGGUUCCAAUUUGCAAACUACAUUUUUGACGCCUGUAUCAGUGAAAUUUGGGGGCCUCUGAUCCUAGGUGGUGUAGUCUGCGUGCCGACUGAUAGAGAGAGGCUCCAUGACGCAGCCAAUUUCAUCACAUCGUCCCAAUCCAAUAUCGGAGUCCUCACUCCAUCCUUUGUAAAGACGUUGUCGCCCCUCGCAGUUCCGUCUCUCAAAACUCUAAAUCUAGGCGGAGAGGCCCCUACCAAGGACCUAUUGGACACUUGGUUUGAGCAUGUCGACCUUCGAAAUGCGUAUGGUCCCACAGAAGCGUGUAUCAGUUGUACCUACUAUCAAUAUAAAUCUCCUACAGAGUCACCGACCACAAUAGGCAAUGGUUUUGUUCACAAUACCUGGAUCGUGGAUCCUGAAAAUCACAAUCGCCUCGCGCCCAUAGGGUGCAUUGGCGAGUUACUUGUCCAAGGUUGGUCAUUGUCUCGUGGUUAUAUCGGUGAUGGUGAGAAGACCAAUGCUUCAUUCGUUAAUGGCGUGAACUGGAUGCCACACUCUGUGCCGGGCCAUGAGUUUGGAUUCUACAAGACUGGCGAUCUCGCCAAGUACAACCCGGACGGCACAAUUUCCUACCUGGGCCGUAAAGACGCCCAGGUCAAGAUUCGAGGCCAACGUAUAGAAAUCGGUGAGAUUGAGUAUCAGAUCAGUGCGCUAGAUCAUUCUAUCAAACAAGUGGCCGUCGAGCUUGUUCAAUCUCGUUCUCACGAUUCUCUUGUCGCGCUUUUUACAGUCGGCCAUGAAAGCCACGAGGAUGAUGAUGCCCAAACUAUCCAAGUGACUGGCAAGACACAGUUGAUUUCUAAUAUCUUGAUCAACCUCCAUUCCAAACUGGGAUCUCAACUCCCUGACCACAUGAUCCCUCAGUACUUUAUCCCUGUGGCACGCAUUCCACAGAACACUGCUGGAAAACUUGAUCGCAAGUCCCUGGCCAAAUUUGUAGCAGCCAUGUCCAUCGAGGACUUAUCAAAAUGGUCUCUCAGUCAAAGCUUACCGUUCCGUGAAUGCACAACAGACAUCCAGCGCUGGCUACGCGACCAGUGGGCGAUGGUUCUGGCUAUGCCGGCUGCGAAUAUCAGUGUGGAUGACAACUUCUACAAUCUUGGGGGUGACUCCAUCCGCAUUGUGACAUUGAACAAACUUAUCUCGGAGAAGUUCAAUAUUCAGCUAGGAAUAUCACUCCUCAAUAGUAAGCAAACCACCAUUGGCAUCAUGGCCAAUUAUAUCGAGGAUGCCAGGGAGGAACGUCUCGCCAAUGAGACAUCCAUCAGUGUAGCAGAUGAGAUUACGGCGGUUACCAACGCGUCAUGGGCCAGGCAUCCGCAGCGUUUGGUCGAGAAUCCGAUCACGUCCUUGCCAGACAAUGCUACUGUCUUCCUAACAGGAGCCACGGGAUAUCUGGGCACCGAAAUAUUACGCCAGCUGGUCCGCUCGGGUGCUAUCAGAACCGUUAUUGUCCUCGUGCGCAGCAAGUCUUCCCGCAUGGGAUUAGAACGCGUCAAGGAUGCUGCUCGUAUCACCGGAUGGUGGAGAGACAAUGAUAAAGACAAGAUUGAGGUUUGGACAGGCGACUUGUCCCAACCUCACCUAGGACUUGAAGAAAGCCAAUGGUCGCGAUUGACAAAGUCAGGCGACGGCCAGAUUGAUGCUUUUAUUCAUAACGGUGCAGUCGUCAAUUGGAACGCAGACUACACCAAACUCAAAGCUGCCAACGUUGAUUCAACAGUUGACCUUCUUCGCCUUGCUUCUGUCUCUGCGUCAAAUCCCAAAUUCGUGUUCGUGACUGGCGGCAUACAGGUCAAUCAUGAUGACGAAGUAGAUGUACACGCUCCGAUUAUCAAUUCACUAAACGGUUACAUUCAGACAAAAUUCGUGGCCGAGAGGAUUGUGUACAAUAUGAGCCAGAAACUACAUUCACAGCAGAACAGAAUCUCGAUCGUAAUGCCUGGGCGAAUCAUUGGAGGCGCAAGUACGGGCGUGGCCAAUGUUGAUGAUUUCCUCUGGCGAAUGGUAUCGUGUGCAGCUGCCAUGCGAAAACAUCCUUCCGAUACUCAAGGACUUUGGAUGCAAAUUGCGGAUGUGUCCAAUGUGGCAGAAGAAAUCAUCGGUCAGAUUUCCGCACAGAACGAGGUGUCACCUUAUGUCUCAGCAACAGGCCUCAUACCAGAGUCCUUGUUCUGGGAUCAAGUGAACGCGGAAUUGAAGGUUCAAUGCCAGCCUGUAUCUUGGGAGGAAUGGCAAACAUCUGCGAUGGAAUCGAUGAACAAGGCUGGAGAAAAACACCCUCUUUGGCCGGUCCAGCAUUUCGUAUCUCGUCUUGGAAAACCAGUGGAGAAAGAGGAGAUUAACGCAGAAGACUACACGCAGCUUUGCCGCGCAGUAAGAAGCAAUGUGAGGUAUCUUAUGCGCAUCGGCUUCAUCCAUUCGUCAGCAGGCGAAUUUGGCGAUAUUCGCGAGGCAACAAUGAAACGUAUGCACACCACAUGA